AUGCCUCUCGCUCCUUCCACUUAUCGUUUGUCCUAUUUACAACAGACUGAUUAUUCCAAUCCAACCCAAUUAUUGGAGUGGUUAAAAUUAGCCGAAAAAACCAUUGAAGAAAACGAGCAAAGCAUUAAUCAAUUACUAAUCGAAAAGGAAGAAUUAAUUAAACAACUAACCGAACUGAAAGAACAACAAACUAGUGAUGAAACCAAAAAACUAGAACUUUUACAACUAAUUAGCAAAUUUGAACGCAAAGAGCAAGAGAAUGAAGAAUUAGCCACAACUAAUAGUUUUUUACAAAGUGAAUUAGUUAAUUUACAAAAUCAAAUUCAACAACAAAUUCAACAAAAUCGGCGUCGUAGCCAAAGUAAUCGUCAAAAAGACCAACAAAUACAAACUUUAAAAGAAGCUUUGGUCGAAAAGGAAGAAAUAAUAAAUAAUCUCCAACAACGUUUAACGGAAUUAAAUGCCAAAGAAAAGAAAGCCCGCCUAAGUCGCGACAGACUAGAAAAGCAUUUAAGUAUUAAUUAUAGUGAAAAAGCCCAAAGUGAAAUUCAAUUACAAAAAUAUCAAACCCAAAUUCAAUUUUUAAAGGGUAAAAAUGCUUCUCUAAUCCAAGCCGAACAAGAAUUAUUCAAACUUCAUGAAAAGGAUAAUUUAGUUAAUCAAGAAUUAAAAAGUGAUUUAGAAACUAUUUCGGGGCAGUUGCGAACUAACCAAGAGCAAAAUAUACUAUUGGAAGAAAAAAUAAGAGAACUAGAAGAAGAAUUAAAUAAGUCUAAUCUAGAAGAAAUUCCUAAUGGAACAAAUGAAAACUUAUCUAAUGAUUUACAACAAGGAUUAAUUGACAACUUAGAAAAAGAAUUAACCGAACAAAAGCAAGUUUAUCAAGAAUUAGAGCAAAAAUAUCAAAAACUAUUUCUUACUACGGAAAAACUAAAAAAAGAACAAAAAAUUCCUGCUCCUUUGCCUUUUUGA